AUGCUCCGAGCAUGGAGAUUAUGGCAUCUUCAUAUGCAUUUCUAUCGUCACCUGAGCAAACCAAAAGGCCACGCGUUAAUCAUCAACAAUCGGGUAUUUCACUGUAGGUUGCCAGAGCGGUUUGGAACCGAUACAGAUUGUCGCAACAUGCGCAGCUUGUUGGAAGGACUGGGCUACGUCGUUCAGGUGCAUAACAACUUGAAAGGCAAAACGAUGAUCAGGUUCUCACAGAAACCGGAAUUAAGGAAAUCCGAUUCGGCUGCUGUUGUUUUGCUUUCGCAUGGCGAAGAUGGCCGUAUAUACGGCGUUGAUGGCUCGUUGCUGUCCGUGCAGCAUAUUAUCAGCUACUUGGACAAUGACCGUUGUCUAGCCUUGAUCAAUAAGCCAAAGCUGUUUUUUAUACAGGCGUGUCGUGGAGGUAUGAAUUUUUUUCUCAAUGUCUCAGUGGCGCAUAGGACUGAAACAGUGUUAUUCCAAUUUGACUGCAUCGCCUUCGAGGAAAGAGAUUCGUCAGGAAAACUGCCGCGUAGGUCUGACAUGCUGAUCGCAUACGCCACACUGCCAGGCUUUGUUAGUUGGAGGAAUAGUUUACACGGCUCUUGGUUUAUUCAGUCGAUCUGCCAAAUAUUUGCUCAGUAUGCGUGCGAAGAAGAUAUUUUGAAUUUGCUCACACGGGUAAUGCGUUUUUCUAAGAUAGGUUCGUAUCUUUUUUCUCCCGAGAUGACGCUAUGGUGCUUAUCUAAGCGGAAUACUGAUUAUCUUUACUGUCUUCGGUGUUCAUCUUGUUCAGAACGACCAUGA